CUGUGGAAUUCAUAGCGCGACACCCCGAGGUGAUGGCCGGCAGCGACUGGGCGCAACUGCUGCGGGAGAAUGCAGAGGCUGCAGCAGACAUCUCCAGUCUGGUGGCGGCAGCAUUGCCACGGCCACCAUCCACAGAGACAUCGGGAUACAGCAAUAUGCCAGACAGGAUCAAGCAGAAGAUGAUGGCCAGACUUAUGGAGGCCGCUCGCAGUGGGAGCGCACGAGAAGUGUGGGCGCUGCUGCUCGCCGGAGUGGCAAAGGACGCCCGAGACGGCAGAGGAAACACGGCGCUGCACCUGGCGGCCGACGGAGGGCACGCCAUCACUGUGAAGCACCUGCUCGAUGCGGGACUGGAUGCCAACAGUGUCAACUCGAAUAGGAGGACGCCCCUACACCUGGCAGCUCAGAGAGGGAACACGGAUGUAAUAUGGAUGCUGGUGAGAGCGUCAGCACGAGUAGACGCUCAGGAUGCCACGGGGCAGACUGCACUCCACGUGGCUGCGAGUGUCAACACUGCUGUAAAAGAUGAUAGAGUACAUGUAGUGAAUACACUGCUCCUGGCGGGUGCGACAAAAGAUAUAACUGACUCACAGAAGCGGAAACCUGAGCAUUUGGCAACCGUAUCAACAAAAACAGCUUUCAGCACUUUCAACACUGUUUCCAGUCCUUACAUUGACUUGUAA